AUGGAUCUUUUCCACAGCUGGGGGGUGGAGGUGGCCAUCCAUCUGCAGACCCAGUAUGGGCAUUAUGAGGGCUGGUUUAGCCUCUACAGUGGCAGACCUGCAUACCACCUUCUUCUGUUUCUUCCCAGUCUGGUUCCAUCUGUGCAGGGACGUGGGGGUCAAGCUCAUCUGGGUGGCUGUCAUCGGGGACUGGCUCAACCUGGUCCGGAAGUGGUAAGGAACGGGUUAAAUCGGGUUUCUGUCAUUUUGUAAGUCAUGGAUUUUUACUACAAAUGUGGAAUAAGUACACAUAAAGAAGAACUUACCCUGUCUUGAACAUAAAUCCUAUAAAAUACACAUUUGUCAUAAAAAAAAAGUGUCAUUAUAUAAUCAUUACAAAGUUGUAACAUUUCAAGGAGUUGAAUGGCAGGGUUCUAUUUGGAGAGAGACCCUAUUGGUGGGUCCAUGAUACCCACUUCCAUGGGACAGAUCCAGCCCCUGCCUUAAAACAAUUCCCAAUCACCUGUGAAACUGGACCAGGUCGGCAAUGCCAUAGAUAGACCAAUGUGUGCCAGAGUAUAGCAAUGCGUAUCACUCAACACACCUCAAGAAAUAGCAGUAUUGGCAAGUGGACGCAUUAUUUUCUUAGUAAGUAAUAAAUUAAUGAUCAUAGGGCCAUAACAACCUUUGCACAUUAGUAUUGAUUCCCAUUCAGCAGGGUAAAUACAUAUAAAAUAAUCUUAUCUGGAAAGGAAUUCAGUUGGAAGUGUACAGUGAAUUCCGUUAAUUUUAUCUUCAGGGUGUGUGUCCACUGUCCAAAAAGGACAACAAAACAGGGGCGAGAAAGAGUUUGAAUGUGAUUAUGGGGCCAGUAGCCGAAAGGUCGUUGGUUCGAAUCCCUGAGCAGACUAGGUGAAAAAUCUGUUGAUGUGCCCUUGAUCAAGGCACUUAACCCUAAUUGCUCCUGUAAGUCGCUCUGGAUAAAAGUGUCUGCUAAAAGACUAAAAUGUACUAAUGUAAUUCUACAGAAAAUAGAUACUGAACAUAAAGACUUUGCCGGAGAUUCAUCAUAUCCCUGUUAGCCAGAACUGUAUGCGCUUUAGCCAACUCUUAUAUCUUAAAUGGUCCAUGAAGCCAAAGUGUGUUGUUCUACAUAGGAAGCUCUUCGGGUCAUGCCAUGUGCUCGGCUGGGGUACGUGAUGAUAACAGCUGUCCUUGGCAUUUUUCCUAUUUUGUUGCCUUACAACCUGGAAUUAAAAUGGAUUUUUGGGGGGUUUGUAUCAUUUGAUUUACACAACAUGCCUACCACUUUGAAGAUGCAAAAUAUUUUUUUAUUGUGAGACAAACAAGAAAUAAGACAAAAAAACUGAAAACUUGAGCGUGCAUAACUAUUCACCCCCUAUUCAAGGUGUAGAGCCACCUUUUGCAGCAAUUACAGCUGCAAGUCUCUUGGGGUAUGUCUAUCAGCUUGGUACAUCAUUCUUCAAGGCAAAACUGCUCCAGCUCCUUCAAGUUGGAUUGGUUCUGCUGGUGUACAGCAAUCUUUAAGUCAUACCACAGAUUCUCAAUUGGAUUGAGGUCUGGGCUUUGACUAGGCCAUUCCAAGACAUUUAAAUGUUUCCCCUUAAACCACUCGAGUGUUGCUUUAGCAGUAUGCUUAGGGUCAUUGUCCUGCUGGAAGGUGAACCUCCAUCCCAGUCUCAAAUCUCUGGGAAGACUGAAACAAGUUUCCCUCAAGAAUUUCCCUUUAUUUAGCGCCAUCCAGCAUUCCUUCAAUUCUGACCACUUUCCCAGUCCCUGCCGAUGAAAAACAUCCCCACAGCAUGAUGCUGCCACCACCAUGCUUCACUGUGGGGAUAGUGUUCUCAGGGUGAUGAGAGGUGUUGGGUUUGCGCCAGACAUAGCGUUUUCCUUAAUGGCCAAAAAGCUCAAUUUUAGUCUCAUCUGACCAGAGUACCUUCUUCCAUAUGUUUGGGGAAUAUCCCACAUGCCGCUUGGCAAACACCAAGCUUUUUUCUGGUGUUGCAGACUCUGGGCCUUUCAGAACAGGUGUAUAUAUACUGAGAUCAUGUGACAGAUCAUGUGACACUUAGGUUGCACACAGUUGGACUUUAUUUAACUAAUUAUGUGACUUUUGAAUGUAAUUGGUUGCACCAGAUCUUAUUUAGAGGCUUCAUAGCAAAGGGGGUGAAUACAUAUGCACGCACCACUUUUCCGUUAUUUAUUUAAUUUAAUUUUUUGAUACAAGUAAUUUUUUUCAUUUCACUUUGACUAUUUUGUGUAUGUACAUUACAUGAAAUCGAAAUAAAAAUCCAUUUAAAUUACAGGUUGUAAUGCAACAAAAUAGGAAAAACGCCAAGGGGGAUGAAUACUUUUGCAAGGCACUGUAGGUUCAAAGAGAAGCGGAAACAAUGGUGGUGUUACUGCAUAUACCUAUUCAAUGAUUUCAGUUGUACAUGAAGUGCCUAAGGGUUAAGGCAGGGGUGGGCAAACUACUGCCCGCGUGGCCACAUCUAGCCCGACAGCCGAUUUAAUGCGUCCCCGAAGGGAGCCACCAUACAGAUGUAGAUGUUUUUCUUUAUUAUUUUGGUUUUUAAAAACAUUCCGGGCCAUACUUGAACGUUUAAAACUAGAUAGAAAGUAUGUAAAAAUGAUCAUGGACCUUUAUAUUUGCAAAUAACUCCCCUUUGUUCUGGCCCUCAAAUAGAUUUUGACUAACAAAUCGGUAAAAAGAAAUGUGCGGUCUUUUUCAUCCCCAGGCUCUUGCAGGUGGGGCUGUGGAUGCUGCUGUGUACGGUGGAGCUGCUGGUGUGCAUGUCCAGAGUCUACAUGGCUGCCCACUUCCCCCACCAGGUCAUCAGUGGGGUCAUCACAGGUCAGAGAACCAGGACUCUAGAUUUCUAGAUUUCAAGAUGCAGGUCCUGCUGACCUGAACGCUGCUGUGCUGGCUUGGUUAUUUUCCUUUCAUGUUGUCAUCCUUUCCAGGAACUGUGGUGAAAUGCGCAACCAGGCCAGGCUUAGCAAGUAGUGUAGUAUAAAAGUUAUUGUAUCUUGUAUCAAUGUUCUUGUAGCUUGAUGACAAACUAUGGCAGGUAUCAUGGUGGCUGAGGUCUUCUCCAGAGUGCAGUGGAUCUACGGAGCCAGUCUGAAGAAGUACUUCUACACCACCAUCUUCCUGCUCUCCUUCGCUGUGGGCUUCUACGUGCUGCUGAAAGCUCUGGGCGUAGACCUGCUGUGGACCCUGGAGAAAGCCCAGAAGUGGUGUGUGAGGCCUGAGUGGGUCCACAUGGACUCCACUCCCUUCGCCAGCCUCCUGCGCAACAUGAGCACCCUGUUUGGCCUGGGCCUGGGCGUGCACUCACCCCUCUACACUGAAGGCAAGAAGAACAGCGGCACCCCCUUCAGGGCGGGAUGUAUCACUGUCUCCUUAUUGCUGCUACAGAUCCUGGAUGGCAAGACGUUCUCCUCCAGGAACCAGGCAAUGUUCUACGUGUUGUCCUUC